AUGAUAAUAGAUAGGGUAGAGGUAGAAACUAUCAAUUCUUUUUCGAAAUUGGAAUUAUUAAAAGAAGUCUAUGGACUGAUAUCGAUUCUACCCAUUUUGACCCUCCUUUUGGGAAUAACAAUAGAGGUACUCGUAAUUGUGUGGUUAGAAAGAGAAAUAUCUGCGUCGAUACAACAACGUAUUGGUCCUGAAUAUGCUGGCCCCCUGGGCCUGCUUCAAGCUAUAGCAGAUGGGACUAAGCUACUUUUUAAAGAAGAUAUUCUGCCAUCCCGAGGAGAUAUUUCUUUAUUUAGCAUUGGACCCUCUAUAGCAGUCAUAUCAGUUUUAUUAAGUUUUUUAGUUAUCCCUUUGGGAUAUCAUUUUGUUUUAGCCGAUCUUAGUAUUGGUGUUUUUUUAUGGAUUGCCAUUUCAAGUAUAGCUCCUAUUGGUCUUCUUAUGGCAGGAUAUAGCUCAAAUAAUAAAUAUUCUUUUUCAGGCGGUCUACGAGCUGCUGCUCAAUCCAUUAGUUAUGAAAUACCAUUAACUUUUUGUGUGCUAGCAAUAUCUCUACUAUCUAACAGUUCAAGUACAGUUGAUAUAGUUGAAGCACAGUCAAAAUACGGUUUUUUUGGAUGGAAUAUUUGGCGUCAGCCUAUAGGUUUUCUGGUUUUUUUAAUUUCUUCUUUGGCAGAAUGUGAAAGAUUACCCUUUGAUUUACCAGAAGCGGAGGAAGAAUUAGUAGCAGGUUACCAAACUGAAUAUUCCGGUAUCAAAUAUGGUUUAUUUUAUCUUGUUUCUUACCUAAAUUUAUUAGUUUCUUCUUUAUUUGUAACAGUUCUCUACUUGGGCGGGUGGAAUUUAUCUAUUCCCUAUAUAUCCUUUUUUGAUUUUUUCCAAAUGAAUAAAGCAGUUGGAAUUUUGGAAAUGACAAUGGGUAUAUUUAUUACAUUAACUAAAGCUUAUUUAUUUCUCUUCAUUUCUAUCACAAUAAGAUGGACUUUACCGAGGAUGAGAAUGGAUCAGUUAUUAAAUCUUGGAUGGAAAUUUCUUUUACCUAUUUCCCUGGGCAAUCUCUUAUUAACAACCUCUUCUCAACUUGUUUCACUAUAA